CCUGAUUAAUGCUCUCCUGGUCCAAUUUGAAUUCAUGUUAUCGUGAGUUCUAUCCCAAGUCACUGGUACAGGGUCAAUAACACAGCUACUGCGAUCGGAGGUUACUUGCUCUCCCUAUGCAGGUAGGUGCAAGUAAAGCACUCACUUUGGUAGACCACCAUAUAUCCUGUGUUCUGUGUUCUAAAGGUUAUGAGCGGUUUCUAAAUCACUACAAAAAAGAUGAGUAUGAGCAUUCGAGUAUGGGCUUCGGAACGACACAGACAACAAAGCUGACGAUCACUCCAGGCCACGACCCGCUCUCGGUACAUCUCGCUUGAGCUCAAAGCUUAAUCGAACGCACUUGAACCUUACGUAAAUGAUAUACACUGAUAAGGAUGGUUCCGCCUGCAUCAUCUGCCGUGAGAUUGCUCUUUUAGGACUUCUGGUCAGUGCAGAACGUACACUGCUUUCUCCUUGUAUGCGUUGGCACCCUUAUAUAAACCUCGCUCUUCAGAUCCGAGCAAGAAAACAGCACCAUCAAACACACAUGUUCAACAUGCAACACAAAAUAUCAGCCUCAAUAUCAUGGGUGCAAUCCUUUUUCCAACCACCAGAGAAAAAUAGUAGUCCAUUAAUGACAACCGAGACUGAGACUACUUCUCUUCUCCCACCUACACGAUCCGAGCCUCCAACCACAGAAUUUGAGGACCCCGAGGAUAAUAGCAGAUCUCCGGUUUCUGCAAUCCUCCAAGAAUUUUGGAUUCUCCUCCGCGGUUCCAUCCCCAUAGUGCUCGCCUACGCGCUCCAGAACUCUCUACAAACCAUCUCUGUGCUCAUCGUUGGUCGCCUUUCUCCCGAAGCCCUCGCAACAGCCGCAUUCUCCUACAUGUUUGCCAUGGCCACCGGCUGGCUGAUUGCUCUCGGAGGAACCACCGCAAUCGAUACGCUAGCAUCUGCAAGUUUCACCGGGAGCAAGAAUCCACAUGAUUUGGGGAUUAUCUUGCAGCGAUCAUUCGUUGUGCUUAGCGCAUUUUAUAUGCCUGUUGCAGUUUUGUGGAUCUGCUCAGAGCCAAUUUUCAGGGCGCUUGGGCAGGAAGAGUAUAUUGCGAGAGACUCGGCUGUUUUCCUGACUGUAUUGGUGCCGGGUGGAUUGGGGUAUAUCUACUUUGAGGCACUGAAGAAGUACUUACAGGCGCAAGAAAUAAUGAGACCGGGAACAUAUGUCUUGCUAAUCACUUCGCCGUUGAGUGCGGGGUUGAACUACCUGCUCGUCUACACAUUCGAGAUAGGCCUUCUUGGUGCACCCUUGGCUACCGGCAUCGCCUACUGGAUAUCCUUCUUUAUUCUCCUCACUUAUGCACGCUUCGUGGACGGUUGGCAGUGCUGGGGCGGUUGGAGCCGCCAGUGUCUCCAGAACAUAGGUGUCUUUGCCCGAUUAGCCUUUUUGGGGGUAAUACACGUCGGCACCGAGUGGUGGGCGUUCGAAAUCGUAGCUCUUGCAGCUGGAAAGCUGGGCACAAUCCCACUCGCGGCUCAGAGCGUUAUCAUGACGACGGACCAGGUCAUGAACACCAUCCCGUUUGGCGUGGGUGUCGCCACCAGUUCAAGGGUGGGCAAUCUUCUUGGAGCACGCAAUGCCAAGGGGGCGGCGAGGGCGGCCAAUACCGCUGCUGUUCUCAGUAUGCUGUUUGGAGGAAUCGUAUUGGCGAUUCUCAUGGGCGUCAAGGACUGGUAUGCCAAGAUCUUCAAUGAUGACGUGGACGUUAUCAGGCUCACUGCCGAAGUGAUGCCCUACGUUGCACUGUUCCAGAUUGCAGACGGAUUGAAUGGGAGCUGUGGGGGUUCAUUGAGGGGGAUGGGCAGACAACACAUUGGAGCCAUUGUCAAUAUCGUAAGCUAUUACUGUGGAGCAUUGCCUCUCGGGAUAUGGCUCGCAUUCCAUGGCUGGGGUUUGGCAGGUCUUUGGAUAGGGCAGUGUAUUGCACUAUAUCUCGUAGGAUUUGCUGAAUGGGGGAUUGUUGCGUGGAGUGACUGGGAGUUCCAAGUCAAGCAAGCAUUCGAUAGGAUGGAUCCGGGGGAAAGGGCCGAGCUGGGUGUGGCGGAUGGGUAUAUGCCGAGUGAUGAUGGACCAUUGCCUGGAAGGAACUUUGAGGUGUGA